AUGGCAAAUGAAAAAAUUCUUGAAUUUGAUAAAUAUAAUGAUGAACAACUUUCAAUUAAAGUUGGUAUUGUUUACCAAGAUAUAAAUCAAUCAAAGGAAAUUGAAAUAUUAAGUAACAAUGAAAUGUCGAUUGAAAUGGAAACGUUUCUAAAUUUAAUUAGUGAACUUGUUCAAUUAAAAAAUUUUAAUAAAUAUCGUGGUGAUCUUGAUGUAAAAACUGAUCAACAUGGAAUUUAUUCUUAUUUUGCUACGUAUCAAAAUCAUCAAAUUAUGUUUAAUGUAGCACCAAUGAUUCCAUCAGAUAAAAAUGAUCGUGAAUUUAUUCAACGUAAAAGUUUAAUUUCUAAUGCAUUAAUAUGUAUUGUUUUUCAACAAGGAAAUAAUAUUUCAUUUCAACCAGAUUUUUUUCUUGGAAAAGUAACACAAGUCUUUAUUAUAGUGAAACCAAUUUAUAAUGAAUUCAAUCUUUAUUAUAAAGUUGAAAUUUGGCGUCGUACUGAUAUUGAACAAAUAGUUGAUCCAUCUGGUGGUAUAUUUAAACAUGAUCAAUCAUUUCGUGAUUAUUUUCUUACAUUAAUUUUAAAUACAAUGAAUACAAUUUUAAAGAAAGAUUUUUUUCAAAAACGUAUUAUUGAACAAAGAUAUCGUUUAAAAAAUGAAUAUCUUACAAAACUUUCUGAAAUAUUUGGUUCUUAUUCUAAACAUGAAUUUUCAGCAUUAUAUGACAAUAAUGAUAAUAUACCCAUUGAAAAUUCAAACAUUGGAGAACAAAUAACAUCGAAACAUCUUAAUGUUCCCAAGAUAACAAAAAUGAUGGAUAAAUUAAAUGUUCCUCAUCGAUCCAACCAAUCUAUUCGUUCUACAAAAAGUACAGAAAAUAUAAAUUCACUAGACAUGGUAACAUCACCAACAAUAACAAAACAAAAUCCUUGGAUGACAGUCAAUGAAAAAAUAAGACGCCUUUCAUCUUUGACGUUAAAUGUUAGACAUUCAUAUUCGCCAAUUAGAGUCGAAUCUCCACCGUCAUUAUCUCCGUAUGUUAGUUCUCAACAACAAGAAGAAGAUCCAAAGUCAACAAAAGAAUCAUCAAUGAAAAUGAUUCCAUCAUUGGUUACGAAUAGAAAAAAUUCUGUUGGACCAAGUCCUGCAAUGUAA